CUUAACAAAAAACACAUGUACUCUGAGCCGCCUCAUGCUUGUGGAAUAUUUGAUCUACAGCUGCUUGUCCUGGGGUGAGAUUGUUUGAGCACAAUCAAGGACUGAAGGAGAACAGAUUUGGGUUGUACUGACAUGGCAUCUCUGAAAACUAUCCUUUUUCUGGGAGUUUGUCUUUCAGCUUGGAUCGUCAUUACUGCAGAGCAGAACUUUGGGUCUAAAGUUGAGAAUGUUCACUGGUUGUCUCUGGACUUUAAAACUGUCCUGAUGUGGACUGCUAAAGAAUCUCACCACAAAAACCUGUACAAUGUCCAAUACACUGGGGAGAGUGACACUGAGUGGAAGGAUUGUCGUGACUGCACCGAGGUAUCAGAGAUUGAAUGUGAUUUGACAAUGAACCUCCUACCUCCUCACAGGACUUAUACAGCUAAAAUCCUAACCGUACCUGAAACCAUGGACUAUGAUGCUGACCCAGAUGUGUUCCCUCAAACUACUUCCCCAACCUUCAACCCUUAUAGGGAAAGUAAUAUCAGUAGUGUGAAAUUCACUGUGGAGGCUGUCGAUGAGAGGACAGUAACUGUCAACAUCACAGAUAUUCUGACCAGUAUCCAUGAGAAUGGGAAGCAGCUUACCAUCAGAGAUAUUUUCAAAAAUGACCUCAAGUAUAAGGUCAGCUACUACAAGUCUGGAAGCACACGCAAGAGAGACUUCAUAUCUGACUCGAGUAUGGCGGUGCUAUCAGAGCUGGAUGCAGGACAGAGUUACUGCUUCAUGAUAGCGGCUUAUAUCCCCUCAAGACCCAGAACCACCCAGCAGGGAGCCUGGAGCGAACAGUUCUGUAUGAAGAGAAAAGCGAUUGAUACGCAAGGGCUGACUGUUGGAGCGUGGGUUGGUGUAUUCAUCCUCCUCACAGUCCUCAUCAUCAUUUCUACAGUGACGAUACUCUGCUAUAGACGUUACAAACAAAGAUACCAAACCAUGCAAACAUCUCAGGCAUCAGGACCUAUUUAGUGUGCGUUUAGUUGUUCUUCCAACACAGUAAGCUGGUCCCCCAUCAGUUCUGUCUCUUUCCCUUUUGUAGGAGAACAUUAUUGAGCUUUGAGUGUAUUGUAGUAAUAAUUGACUAAAAUUAAAGUACAUAUUGCUCUGAUGAAUCAGUAAGUACCCUUCUUGUCAUGUAAAGAUGUUUAAGCAUAACCUCUGCAUUUGUGCUAUUUGUCCAAUGCUUUUGAUUGGCCUAUCUGGACCCACAAUUCCAUCACAACUUCAUCCCCAAAACUUAACCUAUGUUUUUUUUAUUUUAUCACAAUCUGCCACUCCAGCUAACCUUACACAGUUUUCUCAAAACAUGCUUUUUGGUUUUUUUUAACCUUCUGCCAAUAUAUCUUUUCCUUUUAGCUCUCUUAAAGUUCUCUCUUAAGCAGGGUCUAGUGUCCUAUAAUACCACAUCAGAUCAGAACUCAUCUCCUCUCUUUAUUAGUUUUCUACUACACUUGUAGCGUUAUGUGAUUCAGAAUCAUUAUUCAGUUAUUUUUUCUUUCACAAAUCAAAGAAAUGUGAAACC